AGAGAAACCAACGCCAUGGCCUCCAUUUCGUCGAAUCCCGUCCGCUCUUCGUCUACAAUGGCAAUUAUCUCCCCCUGCAGUCUUGGACGCAGGGAAUACUUGAAACCCCGGCUCCCGAUGGAUCUCCUCUCUGCUGCGUACGGUGCUACCUCUGACGAUGAGGAUGCCGCGGACCGACCCUUCUCCAUGCCGGUUGCCACCAGGUCCGCCUCCUUCUCUCCACCUCCCAUGAAGCCGCCGCGGUGGGAAUCUCACCCAUACCUCCCUCCAACCCACUGCUUCCCGCAACCACCUCUGCCCGACGCAGCGCUGCCACUGGCAUCUCCAUCCAGCGGCAGAUACAUUUCCAAGAGGGAGCGCGCUCUCCUGGCCUCAUCAGGGGCACAUAUUGAAUCCGGAUCAUCCCUGCCUCUGACGAGAGUGGAUUUUGAAUCUGCAGUUGGCUCUAUCACCUAUCCAAAUCUACGAGCUGACAUUUUGCAUUCUUUGCGAUGCCAACCGAAACCUGGACCAAGCACAAGUUUCCCUUUGAGGCUCUCAGUUUGUUUGAAGGGUCACACUAAAGCAAUCAAUUGUGUAGAUUGGUCACCGACUCAUGGGCAUCUUCUUGCUUCUGCUGGAAUGGAUCACACGGUUCAUGUAUGGAAUGUAUGGGACAAAGGGAAUACCACUGCUCGUGUUUUGAAACAUCACACUGCUGCUGUAAAGGAUGUAAGGUGGUCACUUCAUAGGCCCUUUUUACUUUCUGGAGGGCUUGAUUGUUCCUUACAGCUAGUUGAUGUUGUUGAGGGAAAAGUAAUGGAAGUAUUCAAGGAGGAUCAAGCUGUGGAGGUUAUCAAGUUCAAUCCAAGCAACCCCGAUCUCUUCCUAUCUGGUGGGUCCAAGGGUUCCCUUAAACUCUGGGAUAUUCGAUGUGGUCUGGUAACAAAAGAAUUUCAGAGAAGCCUUGGAACCAUCCUUGACAUUGACUUCAGUGCUGAUGGAAGACAAUUUAUCUCUUCAACUGACACAACCAGAAGCAAUAUUAGUGAGAACACUAUAAUUGUUUGGGAUGUCCUGCGACAAGUUCCUUUAUCUAACCAGGUUUAUACCGAAGCAUUCACAUGCCCGUGUGUAAGGUACCACCCACGUGAAGCAUCAUUUGUUGCACAGUCCAAUGGGAACUACAUUGCUAUUUUUUCAGCAAGGCCACCCUUCAAGCUGAACAAGUACACGCGGUUUGAAGGACAUGGAGUGUGGGGUUUCCCUGUGAAGUGCAGCUUUUCCCUUGGCGGGAGAGAACUCGCAUCUGGUUCAUCCGAUGGGUCCAUUUACUUCUAUGAUUACAGGUCGGCAAGGCUUUUGAGGAAAAUAGAAGCCUUCAAAGAGGCGUGCACUGAUGUCGCGUACCACCCAGUAAUGCCUAAUGUGAUCGCUGCUUGUAGCUGGGCUGGUGAAAUAUCUGUCUUUGAGUGACAUGAUUAUAAUGCUGUGUGGAGAAGCAUCAGCAGUUCAGAACCGCUAGCAUAUAUAUAUAUAUAUAUAUAUAUAUAUAUCUUCUGUGACUCAAACACCAGUUAAUGGUCAUAGCAGAUUCCAAAAUAAAAAUAAUUUGCUGUAUGGAGUUCAUCGUCUGAAUUUCAGUCUCAGCCUCGCCUAUGAACAGAUUAUUUGUGGUUUCAAACAAAGCCUUGUUCUUUCUGUUCAAAGUAGAUGAAACAUCAUAGCACAUUGAUUGUAGUGGCAACAUGGACCGAGAAGAAGAUAAGUGAGUUGAAGAGGCUGCUGAGCGGGCAAAGCGUAUAGCUGAACUUUCACCGCCGCCUGAGCCGUAUGAUCCCGAAGUCGAUCCGGCCAUGAAGGAAGCAUUAGAAACGAUAAGGAUCGCCAACGAAGCUGUCAACAGACUCCUAAAUGAAGCUACCGAUAAGAUAUUGAAAGAGGACUGAAUUCUUGUGUACUAAAAAAUGUAAUAUUCGUGUAUGAGUCGAACAUCGAACGUUUGUAUGUAUAUUAAUGUAAUAUAUUUCUUUUGCGAUGCAUGAAAUCUAUGUACAUACCGUUUUGAGCC